AUGGCAGAAGAACAGCUAGUUCCCAUCGGAUUGCCCGACCUGCCGCAAGGCAAUUCGAAGAUCCAGCUUGUCGAUAAUGCAUCGAGCUCGCUAUCGAAAGGGAGCGAUCCAUCCUCUCACGAAGACACGUCAAGAGAAGGAACACCUCCACCACUUCCGCCUCGUGCAAAGCGUGUCUUCGAUCUCCACAACGAUGCCCCGCCCGGGACUCAACGAACGACAUCGAGCAGCACCCGCCCCUCUCUAUCCUCUAAAGCCACUACGGCCCUUUCGUCGGUGGAUAUCCACAGCGAAUCACACUUAGAUCCACGAACACUGCCAAGUUCAAGGCAUGGAAGCAAUGAUUUUGGUGAUACCGCCAGCAUAAGGAGCGUGAAGAGUACCCGUAGCUCAUGGAGCGUUGCUCCUACGUUAGAAGCGGAAGACGUGGAGAGUCUACUAGGUGAUGUCUUAGCGGGCAGGGAAAACACAACCUGGAAGCUGUUGGAAUCUCACGGUAUGAGUGCCUCGGCGGAUGAGCUCUUCCAGGAAGAUGCAAACUUCGAGAAGGCGUUUAAGGAGGAGUUCGAGGAACUUGAGGAGAUGAAAUCCGAUGGCUCGAAUGGAGAUGCAGUCAUCAAACAAUGGAAUUCUAAGCUCAAACACUUUCUCAUCCUCUCAUCUGCCGGGAAACCGAUAUGGAGCCGCCAUGGAGAUGGCCAACUCAUCGCCAGCAAUAUCGGAGUCAUACAAACCAUCAUAUCUUUCUACCAGAGCACGAACGAUGUCCUCAAGAGCUUCACGGCUGGCGAUGUCCGUUUUGUGAUCAUUUCGAAGGGGUACCUUAACCUCGUCGCAAUAAGUCGGCUUGGAGAAAGUGACUCACAGUUAAGGAUCCAGCUCGAGGCGCUGUAUAUGCAGAUACUGUCGACACUAACCCUUCCGAACAUGGAGCGCAUGUUUUCAAACCGCCCAUCAACCGACUUACGAAGACCCCUUCAAGGGACAGAGAUGCUACUCUCUGCUCUCGCCGAUGGCUUCACAAGAGGCUCGCCCUCCACCCUGCUUUCCGCACUAGAGUGUUUGCGGAUGCGCAAGGCUCAUCGAACUACAAUCAACAACACGUUUCUUAAGAGUCGCUCUUCGAGCCUUCUCUACGGGUUGAUUGUAGCUGGUGGGAGGCUUGUCAGCGUUGUACGGCCGAAAAAACACUCCCUGCAUCCCGGAGACCUGCAGCUUAUUUUCAACAUGCUGUUUGAAGCCGGAAGUGUCAAAGCAGGAGGUGGUGAAAACUGGAUCCCCCUUUGUCUUCCAGGUUUUAAUAAUACCGGCUACCUAUACAUGUACGUCAGCUUCCUUAACCUCGACAAAUUCUCCGAGGACGUCACUGAACGGCCUUCAACGUCUUCCGGGGAAGAGGAGGUGGCCAUUAUCCUCAUCAGUGCGAAUAAGGAGGGGUUCUUUGACCUGCAGGACAUGCGCCAUGAGCUCGUGGAACAGUUGAGAAAGAAUGGCAGUCUUGAGGUGAUACGACAAGCGGUUCAAAGAGGAAGACCAUCGUGCACCGAUAUCCUUCCUGGCUCAGUCUUAAGGCACUUUCUCUACAAGUCAAAGAACAAUGUCCAAUUCGCCAUGCCAUCGUACGAGCCAAGUUUUGAAACCGAGAUCGAGAAAAGAAGGCUUCAUACGUUGUAUUCCCAUCUUCACGCAACCCUUCAUACAAAACCAACCCAUCCAAAAAUUCAUCAUGCCAUCACUCCAACCCACAUCAGUCUGGCCUGGAGCGCCCCCACAUUCGAGUUGUAUGCCGUCGCGCCAGCCCACACUCCACGAACCGCUCUCGCGCAAGCAGCUAGCCGGUUGGUAAGCUGGGUCCGCAAAGAAGAAAACCGCCUCUUCCUCAUCGGCGGCGCAGUGUUCUAG